AUGAAACAACAAAAUUCGUUCGCUGCAAAUCCGUUCACGAUCAAAUCAACAAAAUCGAAAUAUUUUGCACCAUAAUAUUAUUAACAAUUAUUUAUAUUUCUGGAAGUAUGUUUAUUGUUUGAUAGUCUACUUACCGACGUCACGUACAUACGGUUGUUUUAUACAUUCUGUCAGAAAUAUGGUUCUCCUCGAAAAGGCCAAAUUUUUGGAAGAGCUAAACAUUUUGUUUAAUACAUCUCAGUCAUCUGGAUCAGUGAGAAUAACAAUGAAAUUAUUGCUAUUGAGUAAAAAAGACUCAAAGGAUCAAAAACUUAAAAUUGAAGUACCUAAGGAAAAAGUAUGUUUAAUCAGGGCUACAUUCAAAAACAAAAAAUUAAGUACUAGAAUAACUGCUGAUGAAGUGAGCUCAUUUCAAGAAGAGUAUUGCACAUUGUUGAAAAAUUCGUUAAGUAGUUUGAAAAAGACUAAAAAGUUAAAGAAAAAAGCCAUGUCUUAAAGUGUACAACAUAGUUUGUAAUGUUUCAAAUAUUUUUUCAAACAUAAUCUAUUUAUGACUUGUACACAGUUAAUGUUUUUUUUAUUAAAAUAAGAUUUUACAAUA